AUGCCAACCCACGCUGCUAACAAGUCGAAGGGCACAGCAACCACCCGGCGCCGCUCCUAUGACGCCAGCCAAGGCACCUCGCCCGCCCCCAAGCGGGCCCGCACUGCUAAUUGGAGCAAAGAUCUGGGCACAGAUGGGAACUCUGCCGAGUACCAUCUUGUGCAGUGGCUCAUCAUGCGCAGUGGGACUUCCAUGAGAGCAAUUGGGACCGCUGGAGGAAAGCGCCCAAAGGCGGCAACGGGGGUCGCGCCAACCUUCACCAGGGGCGAUUCAGUACCUCGUGGAGAAGGGCUGCUCCAGCCAGCGGAAGCCGGAGACUGUCAAGACGAAGAUCGCCUCGUUGAGAACGAGUUACAUCGACGCCUUGCAGUCUAAGACCAGCACUGGGGCUGGACGGCUUGAUGAGGAGGUAGCAGUAUGGGCCCGCUUGGGGGCGGGCGAGGCGCCUUGGCUGGUGUCAUAGGAGCGGCGCCGGGUGGUUGCUUUGCCCUUCGACUUGUUAGCAGCGUGGGUUGGCAUGUUGAUAGUGGAUAAAUGUGGUUGGUGUUUGAUGAAAGGGGAGU